AUGGAAGACGCUCAGCCUGGACAUACAGUAGAAUUUCAUGGCCUCAAGGGUGCCGCGCAUCUGAAUGGCACUUCAGGCCACCUUGUCAAGUUCCUGAGAGACGAGCAGCGGUGGGCAGUUCGAUGUGAAUCGAAUUAUGAGAUUGUAAACGCCAAGCCUGAGAAUUUGAAGCGUCUCAAUAUCCGCUCUGAAAAGGUAUAUUUCGAGCAUCCAAUCACUGGGCAAACUAUGGUACCCAGAACGAACAAUCCUGUGACAGCUCCAACCACUCAGAUCGACGACUUUGACGCUUUGCACAAGGCCGUACUACAAGCAUUCUACAACCUAAGAAAAGGAGGAGUGGUUGUCUCAUGCGGUGAUAGAUACAUGAUAGCGAUUGAAUUCGAUGGUCCUGUUGGGCAAGGUGGAGUUUGCGGCGAAAUGACUUUCGUAGACAAUGAUAAGAAAGCUCAAGCUGUUGUCAAGGGCCGUGAGUGCGCCGAAGCCAGAGAGCUAGGGAGAAACUUCUUAGCAGGAGAGGCAACAGUGUACUAUAACACUUCGCAAGAAAGAGUUUUCUUUGAUCUUCUACAGAAGUAUAAGCGAGGAGCUUCGUCGAAAGGCUUAAUUGAUAUGAAGUCCGGCCUUCCUAUUUUUGAUGUCACCAUUCGCAGGUAG